CUCAGCAUAUAAACAGCAAAAAAGUAUUGCUCACUCAUCAUUGCUUCUGGGGGUUCAGGAGAGAGCCAGCAAGAAGAACACUUUAAAAGGGACAGGAGAUCUAAAGAAGAUGCUGAGUAAUCUCGGGGCUCUGCUUUUAUUCUCUUCCAUUGUCCCAUUCACCAUCUCCCAUUUUAUUAUUCAUUAUACAAGUUAUGGUGGAGUAUGCCAAAAGGCUUGUGGGUAUCAUGGCUAUGCCUACACUUGGUGUCAGCAAAGAGGGGGCAGUGGAAAAGAAUGGGACUACUGUUCCUUAGAAGAAGGCUUGGGAGCUUCAGGCAAAACCUGUGCCACACCAUGUGACUAUUGGGGUUCUUCGUACCGCAGCUGCUUCUUUAAAGAUGGCAGUUGGCACUACUGUGGAUUGAUAGCCCAGCGGGAGCACCUUGAAUAUUCCCAGGAAAACAACGAGUGUAUCAAUGACUGCAGACUCGAUGCAACUGUAGGUUAUUUCCAGUGUAACACAGCUCAUGGUCCUCAAAAAUGUUCCCCAUUCCAUGAUAUGACUCCCACAGGUUUGCCCUGCCACUCUAAUUACCGGUGUGCCAAAUACGGGCACAGUGUGUACAGAUGCCAUAUAGAUAACAGUGAAGAUGGAUGGGAUCACUGUGGAAGGAAGAGCUUGGAUCCUUGUGUGUGGAUCUUCUUUGAGAACACCACUUCCCAAACAGAGAUCUGCAUACUUCCUAUCUCCCAAAAGAAGAGCAAAAUCAUUUUCCAAAGAGAGACACGAAAUGACAUGCCCCCCUUUGCCAAUGGCGACUUCAAAAUGGCAGCACAUUUUAUCGAUGGAAUCUCUUCUACCACAAGCUUCCCUGACUCUGCAGAUCUGGCUCCUGUGCGUUUCUACAAGCAAGAGAGUAUCUUCUGUAAGGGCCUCAAUUAUACAAAUCUGGAAUUGUGGCUUGACACCUCGACUCGCUCUUCUGUGCCCAUUGCCCAUGUCAUCUUCCCGGAUAUCCUGUAUGCUGUUGAAGUGUUGCGUUUAGCAUUUUACAUGAGCCUCCAUAGCACUUUCUAUUCACCUGCCUAUACUAUUACUGUGUCUGUUGGUGAACCAAUGUUAUGUCCUCCUGACCUGUGAUUAACCAAGUUCUUUUUUUGCACAACAGGUGCACACAGUUGCUUUUAUGAUGUUAAUCCAUGCAGUAUUAAAUUGAGGAGAUUGUUACCUCCCUUCAUCUUAUUACAAUAUUGCAAUGUUUAUAAAUGUUCCUGGUGGUUAGGGUAGGUCAUAUCUGAGGUGCCUUAUAAUAAUAAGCAUGUUAUCAGAGAAGUGAGUAACUAUUGCCAAUAACCUUAUUUGUACUCAGAAAGGGGCACACCACAUACAUAAUACACAGGUUUUCUUGAUGCAUGGGAGUGCUACACUUUGUGAUCUCUGAUAAUAAAAAUCUGGCAUUUAAGAAAUUAAUAAAAUGUACUAUUAUCACAUAUGAUACAUA